AUGACUCGCUAAUUGUCGUCUUCCUCUGCAAAAUCAAAUCCCCCACUUACUUUCCCAUGUAAAAUCUCUAUCAUCGAGAUCACAACAAUGGUCUCCUCCUCCUUCUCUGCUUAACGAGUUACCUUAUCUUCGCCAAUAAUGUUCAACACAUACACAAACUCAGUUCUGUGGCCGAGGAAUCACCAUGGUUACUGCUCCUUGGUCCCCGAGAGAUCUGAAUCUUACCGACUCGCGAAACCGUCUCCGAGAUGUUGCUGCGCCGCUUCUCUCUCGCGCUGUUGCUGCUGCUCGUACUCAGCACCCUCCUUUGUGAAGCCUAAGGUGUCGAUAAACCCUGGAUUCGUGCUCUAUGGCCUUAGACAAUCCACUCUUAUUCAGUGGCCUAGGAGGUUGAUGAUUGGUGUUGGUGUGGGUGGGAGUCGUUGUGAGGACGAUUUGCAUUGUUGUGAUUCUGAGGUUUAUCCUUCUUGUGGCGUCGCAAGAAGAAAUCGAAGGUUUAGGGUUAGGGUUUCGGAUGAAUCGAAUGAGUGUUGUGAAGAUGAUGUAGAGGCUAUGAUUUCGUUUUUGAGUGAGGAACUGGUAGAUGAGGGUAGAAACUGUAGUAGAGUUGAAGAGAAGAGGAAAGUUAGGUAUGGAAAGGUUGAUACUUUUGGUAGAGUUAAGAGGGAGGGAGUGGAGAGACCUCAAGGAUUUGGUAGGCAGGAGUAUAGGCGAAAUGGGGUUAGAGAGAAUGUGAAGUUAGAGGAGAAAAAAUAUGAGUGUGAGCAUUGUGGUGGGAGGAAGAAAAAGUCUCAGCUGGAGAGUGAGACUCGGCGUGGUGCUAAGUUGGUUACUGGUGGGGAAACUAUUAGGAGGAAGGAAGAAAGAGAAGUUCGACCAACAAGGACAAAGAGUUCCAGUUGUUCAUCGUAUUAUUCUCUUGCUUCUUCAGGGGAUUUCGAGAGUGAAGCUGAGGAUGAAGAAGAGGAGGAUGUGGAGUUUCGUCGCGAGAACUUGAGAAGUUCUGAGAAGAAGUUUUUUGAACAGUCAGCCAAAGGAAUGAAAUCUAGAAAGGAAGUCUCUGAGAUGCAUUCGAGGAGAAAGAGGGACGAGAGUUCGAGCUAUGGCAAGCAGGUAUUUGAGGAAGGGGAAAAUUCAAACCGGGCAGUGACUACGAACCAGAGAAGAAGAAGAAAGCAGAUUAGUCAAACUGGUAACAGAGUGUCUGAGUCGACGGAGAAUUAUGAAGAAGAUUUGGAAAUUCAUGAGAUCCAUGUUAACGAUGUGGAGACGAAUUCCCAAAAUCAAAAGAUCUUUGGUGAAAGGGAGGACGAGAGAGUCCACUCUAUUGUUAAUGAUUCUGAAAGAGAAAAUAUUGAGAAUUCUCAGCAGCAACUGAAGGAAAGAUUUGGUGCUCGUUAUAGCAGUGAGGAAAGAGUGUCUGAGAUGCGCAGGAGAACCAAAUAUAGCAGUAGCCAGGAGGAAGGUAUACAUGUACGCCAAAAUGUUCCAAAACCAAUAAAUAAUCGGCAACCUCCGGUGGAGGAAAGGAUAUCUAUGCAAGCGGGUAUGGGGACGAGUACUGAGCGCUUCUCUGGAAGUUCAGAAAUCUAUAACACAAACAUCAAAAAUACUUAUGUCUCGCAAAGCGAAGAACAGAUUAGAAACCACGAAGUAAAUGCUGGCGUGGUUUCUGGAUUGCAAUCAGAAGGGAGACAGCAAGAUUAUCCCAUUGAACUGAUACAAUCUGAUAGAACUUCAGUGUCUGUAUCUCAUACUAGUGAUGUAGUAAGGUAUACAGAAAUUGAGAGAAAAUCUGAGAAGAGGCUAAUUGGUCAAGAAAGUACUACAACUGUGCAGAUGGACAGCAAAGCAGGAAAAAGCGGUGCUAACUCGACAAAAGAGGAUCAAAAGGCCAUAGGGUUGCAAAGUUUUCAAGGAAAGCUGUCUGAAGAGCCCUCCAGUUCACAAUCAUCUUUGACUUUGGUAUCUGGAAACAGAAUGCAGCUGGUAGAUUUGGUUUCAGAGGAGAUGCUAGGAUCUGAAACAACACUGAUUCCUCCUACUUCUCAGCUAGUAAGCAGAGGCUCAGGAAAAAGUUAUGGAAGUGGUGGAGCUUUCAUUCAAGAAAGUUCUCAGGGAACAUCAGAAACUGGUUAUCCAACAGCCUUUGAACAUCCAGGAGGAGCAGGAGCUAUUGUUAAUAGUCAGUCUGCUGGAGAACUGAUGAGAUUUACAACACAGGAAGAUGCUCUAGGUUCUGCCCAACGGUUGGAACAGUCAUCAGAGAAAUUUAUUGGGGAGUUUGUGAAAAAGGCCAAGCAUGAAGUAUCAAAUUCAGAGACUGAGGAGCGAAGAGCUGAAAGUAAUCAGUUGAAGAGGCGGGACUCAAGGCGUUCAUCUGGUGGUUCAGGAGCAAAGGGACCUUCAGAUGAAAUGUGGGUCACGGAUUCUGCUCAGGGAACUCCUCAGCCAGUACCAACAGAAGGCAAUGCAGCAGAGGGAAAUGCUAUUUUAAAAAGAAAUGGCAGGUCCUUGUGGAGCGUUAUCGCUGAUAUUGCUCGGCUAAGGUGGGGCUCACGAGCUGGAAGCCCGACCUCGAGUGCAAAGCCCACUGGAAAGAGUUCACCCAACGAGUCAGUUAGCAGUGCAACAUGGUUUUCUGGGCGUGAGCAUGACGGAAGCAGUGAGGAUAACACAAAAGCGGAAAGAGUUUCGCCACAAGAAGCUGCUCUCCCAGAUCAGUUAGAAGUUAGUCAAACUUCAUCAAGGAGCCAAUUUGAAUCUUCUGAUGCUACGGAGCGGAAGCAGCAAUCUGGCAGGCAUGAAGGUGUAGUCUCAUCACCACCAUCCACAGUAUUAAAAGGUGGCUCUGCAUCUUAUCGCAUGCCUUCCACAUCUGAUAAUCAAAUUGGUGGCGUGGAUGAAGAUGAUGAAGGUAGAGAAUUUGAAUUUCGGCUUUCUGAAACAGCUUCGACAGAGGUGCCAAUGAGACUGCCUAGUCGAAACCUGAUAAGAUCUCCUGCUAUCAAGGAUCCAUCAGAAUCUAGUCCCACCGGUCAAAACGUGACUAUGGGAGGAGGAAGACGCUACCAGCCUCGUGUUCCUGAAAUGGAUGCAGAAGAAAAGCCGUUAAUAUUUCCAGCUCGCAGCAUAAGGUCACCUGUUGUAAAGGAACCUUCAAAAUCCCUUCCCAGCAUGGUAUCUGGCAGUAGUAGCUUAAGAGGGCAGGUGGAACAACAACAGCCUCUAAGUGCAAAAUUCCAGGAAGAAACAGGUUCCACAUCGACAGGCUCCCCGUUGACACAAAGGAAACUUCAGAGGAACAAACAGGUUGUGAGGGACAGUUUUGAAGAAUGGGAAGAAGCAUACAGAGUAGAAGCUGAUAGGCGAACAGUUGAUGAAAUAUUCAUGAAGGAAGCGUUAGUAGAAGCUAAGAAAGCUGCUGAUAUGUGGGAAGUACCUGUAGGGGCUGUGCUUGUGCAUGACGGGAAGAUUAUCGCUCGAGGUUAUAACUUGGUGGAAGAUCUUCGGGAUUCAACCGCCCAUGCAGAAAUGAUUUGCAUUCGAGAGGGUUCCAAAGCACUUCGUUCAUGGAGGCUUGCGGAUACAACACUUUAUGUAACACUAGAACCAUGUCCAAUGUGUGCGGGAGCAAUACUUCAAGCAAGGGUCAACACUCUUGUGUGGGGUGCUCCCAAUAAGCUUCUCGGAGCAGAUGGCAGCUGGAUCAGGCUGUUCCCUGGAGGCGAAGGAAAUGGAUCAGAAGUUUCAGAAAAGCCACCGCCUCCAGUUCACCCGUUCCAUCCAAAGAUGACAAUCCGGCGAGGAGUUCUGGAAUCAGAAUGUGCUCAGACAAUGCAACAGUUUUUCCAGCUGAGGAGAAAGAAGAAAGACAAGGACUCAGAUCCACCGGCUCCUACCGAUCAUCACCAUCAUCAUCAUCCGUCGAAACUCCUCAACAAGAUGCAUCAAAUCUUACCCUUCUUCUGUCUGUAGAAGCUUACCUCCAAAUCUUCAGUGUUCACGUAUCUUUGACGGAGCCAAACCACGGUACAACUUUUGCAUCUGAUGUGUUCAGAAUUGUAUAUUUAUGUCCACUGUCCUUUGUUACCGUCUGAAGACCAGGUUGGUUUAUUGUAAUGUUAAUGCACACUUUCUAUCGAGUUCUGGGAUAUAUAAUCUUAUUUGUUAAAAAAGUGGGUUAUGUUAUGCCUUGAUGCUAGUUGAUUAAAAAGCUGUUUAUUA